AUGUCAAUCCAUACCAAAUCCAGCGAUGGCGACUGUCAUCUAGAUCAAAUAGAUCACAGGCGGGAUCUUAAGCAACAGUUUUCCUUUCUUCAUGGACCGCAUUAUCAACAAGUCUAUCCAUUAGUUUACCUUCGGGGGGGAAGUUCCAGUGUUGUCUGGGGGCUUAUCACAGCCGGAACCUGCAGUUUAUGUAUGGCUACCUCGCUUGCGGAGUUUCUUUCUGCAUAUCCAACCGCGGGAGGACAGUAUCACUGGGUUGCACUGAUAUCCUGGGAUAGGUGGAAGCCAAUAAUAUCAUGGAUAACCGGCUGGGUGAACUGUUCUGGCUGGGUUGCACUGGCAGCUACUGGCGGCGUCCUUGGAAGCCAACUGAUCCUCGGCAUCGUUUCCUUGCUCAAUCCAGUGGGUUUCAAAACUGCCUUUUUUUGGUCCACUUCAACUAAAAAUACGGAUUAG